ACCAGCAGCACGCUUGCAGUUCACUAGAAUACAGAUUGAGAUCUCCAUCGCCAGCGCCAGCAUCGUCCAGCGGCGGCACAGCUCUCCUCUCCUCUCCUCUCCUCUCCUCCACGAAGGAAGAUUCCCUGCUCCAAGAUGGCCGGCGACCUGCGCCACCGUCGCGCCGGGGGGGCUGACGCCGGCGAGGAGGAGGGGGACGGAGGAGCGGAGGCGGCGGCCAAGGCCAAGGCGGGCCCGCCGUCCGGCGGCGAGGGGGCGGAGGCAGCGGGGCCGGGGAGGAAGGAGGCGCUGGGGUGGCUGGAGUGGAGCCGCGGGUGGAUGGGCGUCGUGGGGGAGUUCUUCUUCCAGCGGAUCGCCGCCAGCCACCUCGCCAACCCGCUCGAGCUGCCCCCGCUCGACGGCGUCUCCAUAAUCGUCACCGGCGCCACCAGCGGCAUCGGCCUCGAGAUCGCAAGGCAACUCGCACAAGCAGGGGCCCAUCUUGUGAUGGCAGUUAGGAGACCCAAGGUGGCGCGUGAGCUGAUACAAAAAUGGCAGAAUGAACAAACAGAAGUUUCCAUGCCACUUAACAUUGAGGUAAUGGAGCUUGACCUUAUCUCCCUUGACUCGGUUGCAAGAUUUGCUGAUACUUGGAAUGCUCGUAUGGCACCCCUGCACGUAUUGAUCAACAAUGCUGGCAUUUUCACCAUAGGAGAGCCUCAGCGUUUUACGAAGGAUGGAUAUGAAGAACACAUGCAAGUGAACCAUCUUGCGCCAGCUUUACUGGCAAUGUUGCUUCUACCUUCCCUUAUUAGAGGCUCUCCAAGCAGAAUUAUAAACGUCAAUUCAGUUAUGCACACAAUAGGUUUCGUCGAUGCUGAGGAUAUGAACCUUACAUCUGGAAAGCACAAGUACAGAAGUUGGUUGGGAUACUCAAAUAGCAAGUUAGCACAGGUAAAAUUUAGCAGCAUAUUUCAUAAGAGAAUUCCUGCAGAGGCUGGUGUCCAUACUGUCUGUGCCUCUCCUGGGAUUGUCCACACAAAUGUUGCACGGGACCUCCCUAAGAUUCUUGUAGCUGGGUAUCGUCUCAUUCCAUACUUCAUAUUUGAUCCUCAAGAAGGUUCAAGAAGUACAUUGUUUGCAGCAUCUGACCCCCAAGUUCCAGAAUACUGCGAGACGUUGAAGUCUGAAGACUGGCCUGUUUGUGCUUGCAUCAACUACGACUGUAAUCCGAUGAAUGCCUCUGAAGAAGCACACAACCUCGAAACAUCGCAGCUUGUUUGGGAGAAGACCCUCGAGAUGAUCGGCCUCCCAUCAGAUGCCCUGGAGAAGCUCAUCGAAGGGGAACCAGUUCAGUGCCGGUAUGGUCAACAGAAGGCUGAAUAGGAAGGAGAAUAGGCAGGCUAUCUCAAAACACAUGAUCAGCCAUUCAGGCUUAUCCAAUUUGCUGUUAAUUUGCUAGUUUGGAGGUGGUACCUACAUAGUCGGGGUUCCUUUGUUACACCCUAUUGUACCACAUUUGGUCAAGUUCUUACCAAAAAAGUGGAGGGCAACAAACUUGGAAGUGUGCUUGUUCGAAGUAAUAGAAGUACCUUUUUGUGGCAAAAGAACUGUAGAGUUUUGAGUUAAAAAAAUAAUUUUCUUGUCAUUGUUGUACUGCUUGGGCAUUAAGGAACCUUUUCAACUUA